AUGACCAAGAAAAGAAGGAAUAAUGGUCAUGCCGAAAAGGGCCGUGGCCACGUGCAGCCUGUUCGCUGCACCAGCUGUGCCGGAUGCGUGCCCAGGGAUAAGGCCGUUAAGAAAUCCGUCAUUUGGAACAUCGUAGAGGCCGCAGCGGUCAGAGACAUUUCCGAAGCGAGCGUUUUUGACGCCUAUGUGCUUCCCAAGCUGUAUGUGAAACUGCAUGACUGCAUGAGUUGUGCCAUUCACAGCAACGUAGUCAAGAGUCGUUCUCAGGAAGCCCGGAAGGACCGAACACCUCCACCCUGAUUUAGACCUGUGGGUGCCGCCCCAUGACCUCCGCCAAAGCCCAUGUAAGGAGCUAAGUCCUUGAAGACUGAAGAAAUACUGUCCCUGGGAAGACGAUAAA